CACCCUCCACUUUCAUCUCACAACCUGCAUUCUCAUCUCUCUCUCCUCUCUCGAUAAGUACUGCUGGUUGAAAGGAUUGAAAGUGCACCGAUGAGUUCUUCAAAGUUGCUCUUUCUCGUGCUCCUCGGAGCGCUCGUGUGCUCCGCCUGCAGCUCCCGGGGGCUUUUGGGUGAGAAAGUGUCGGGUUCAGCCUCCUUUGAGGAGGAGAAGACAUUCUACCACCACCCGAAGUUUGGUGGCGGCGGUCUAGGUGGUGGAGGAGGUGGCGGUUUUGGUGGUGGAGGCCGUGGUGGACUCGGUGGUGGAUCCGGUUUUGGUGGCGGUGCUGGCGCGGGAGGUGGGCUCGGUGGAGGUGGUGGGCUUGGUGGUGGCGGUGGGGGAGGCUUCGGUGGUGGUGGUGGAGGCGGCGUUGGAGGUGGUGCUGGGGGAGGGUUCGGUGGUGGAGCCGGAGCUGGCGGAGGACUUGGUGGAGGUGCUGGAGGUGGCGGCGGUGGAGGGUUUGGAGGAGGCGGCGGUGGGGGACUUGGUGGUGGCGCGGGAGGUGGAUUUGGUGCUGGAGGUGGUGCCGGAGGAGGGACUGGGGGUGGAUUCCCUUGAACUUUGAUUCAUGAAACCCCUACCGUAUCAUCAAACUUAAUUGAAAAGACAACUACUUCGCUAUUCCUAUUGGCUUUUCUUUUUUUCAGUGUUAAUCAUGAUAUUCGAAAGCUUAAUUGGACUAUGACUAAUUUAAUUGAGCCGAAUCGACCUAUUAGAGGUAAAAAUUUCUCAGUUUUAUAUUGGCUUUUCUUAAACCAGUGAAAUUGUGUUGUUUGAUAUAAAAAAAGAAAAAAGAAAAAAGAAAAAAUAAAAUAAAGAGAGAUUGUGUGGUUCGAUUGACUAGGAAGUGUCUAAAGUUGUCUUCGUUCCACAAAUGUUUCUAUAUGAAAUAAGCUAUCAAGUUUAUGAAUACAAAAAAGCAAAUUAUUAUUAUUUUUUUGGGUAAGGAAAAGCAGAUUAUUAUUAAUUUGAGCUUUGUAUCUUGUGUCUUAAUAAAUGUAAAAUUUCUCUUGCUUU